AUUUCUUCAACCCAAAAUUAAAAAUCUUUCUUUCUUUCUUUUCUAACAAAUUAUUAACGUAUGCACAGAAAUCUCUCCACAUUAAACUUGUUAAAUACCAACAACCUAUACAAAACAAAGUUAACCUUCGAAAAAUAUUUGCAUCUUCUUCUUGUAAAGACCACCAACAAAAUGGCGGUUGACUCUGUUCUAUCCUCUCCGCUUGGACCGCCGGUUUGCGAUAAAGACGCAAAAGCUCUCCAGUUCAUAGAGGAUAUGACUCGAAACGCUGAUAUAGUUCAAGAGAGAGUAUUGGGUGAGAUCUUGACCCGAAACGCUAACACAGAGUAUCUUACUCGGUUUAACCUCAAUGGAGCUUAUGAUAGGGAGAGUUUUAGGGCUAAACUCCCUAUGGUUACUUAUGAAGACCUUCAACCUGAAAUUCAGCGGAUUGCCAAUGGUGAUCGUUCCCCAAUCCUCUCUGCUCAUCCCAUUUCCGAGUUCCUCACUAGUUCUGGCACAUCAGCUGGAGAGAGGAAAUUGAUGCCCACAAUCCAGGAAGAACUAGAUCGUCGUCAACUACUGUACAGCCUUCUAAUGCCUGUCAUGAAUCUGUACGUGCCAGGACUAGACAAGGGAAAAGGACUUUACUUCUUAUUUGUGAAAUCAGAAACCAAGACUCCGGGCGGGCUUUUAGCCCGACCCGUUCUCACUAGCUACUACAAAAGCGAGCACUUCAAGACCCGCCCAUAUGACCCGUAUAUGGUGUAUACUAGCCCGAACGAGGCGAUCCUCUGUGCCGAUUCUUACCAGAGCAUGUACUCUCAGAUGUUGUGCGGGAUGUACGAGCGGAAGUCAGUUCUACGUCUAGGGGCGGUUUUUGCCUCGGGUCUUCUCCGGGCCAUUCGUUUCCUACAGCUUAACUGGAGGCAGUUGGCUCAGGAUAUCCGAGACGGGACCCUUAAUGCUAAGGUUACCGACCCGAGUAUCCGUUCAGCCAUGAGUCGGGUUAUGAAACCCGACCCGGAGUUGGCGGACUUUAUCGCCGCGGUGUGUGAGAAGGACCAAUGGGAAGGGAUCAUAACCCGGAUUUGGCCCAACACCAAGUACCUUGACGUCAUAGUUACUGGGGCAAUGGCUCAGUAUAUUCCCACUUUGGAUUUUUACAGCGGGGGUUUACCCUUGGCUUGUACCAUGUAUGCGUCAUCAGAAUGUUACUUUGGGUUAAAUUUAAACCCCAUGUGUAAACCUUCGGAAGUUUCCUACACCAUUAUGCCAAACAUGGCCUACUUCGAGUUCCUCCCACUCGACCCGCCCGGGUCAACUCGUGAGUCAAAACUCGUUGACCUUGUCGACGUCGAGGUGGGGAAAGAGUACGAGCUCGUGAUCACCACCUACGCGGGGCUAUACCGUUACCGAGUCGGCGACAUCCUCCGAGUCACCGGUUUCCACAACUCGGCCCCACAGUUCCAUUUCGUGAGGAGAAAGAACGUACUACUCAGCAUUGACUCGGACAAAACGGACGAGUCCGAGUUACAAAGAGCAGUAGAAAACGCCACAAAACUCCUCAAAAAGUACAACGCAAGUGUUGUAGAGUACACGAGUUACGCUGAUACGACAACAAUCCCGGGUCAUUACGUCAUCUAUUGGGAGUUAUUAGUGAAGGACUCGGGAAACUCGCCACCGAGUCACGUGUUAAAUGAAUGUUGUUUAGCUAUGGAGGAAUCGCUUAACUCGGUAUACCGGCAAUGCCGGGUCGCGGAUAACUCAAUCGGGGCAUUGGAAAUCCGGGUCGUUACAAGUGGGACCUUCGAGGAACUUAUGGAUUAUGCAAUCUCACGUGGAGCGUCGAUAAAUCAGUAUAAAGUGCCGAGAUGUGUGAAUUUUACGCCAAUAAUGGAGUUGCUUGACUCACGAGUUGUAUCGGCGCAUUUUAGCCCGACUGUACCACAUUGGACUCCUGAGCGCCGUAGGUGAAAAUUAAUUAGAUUUUUAGGAAGAUUUAUAUUCCUUUUUUUUUUUUUUUUUUUUUUUUUAACUUCUGCUUCCCUUAAUUUUCUGGACAGUUUUUUUUACCUCUAUUUUGUUGGGGGUAAUUAAUUAAUUAACCUUUGGAAUCAAGGAAAAAGGUGGGUAAUUAGUUUGGUUUAGGGAAGUAAAUCGGGAAGUUUGUAGUAAAAAGAUGUAACCCUUCUCUUUUAGUAAGAAAAAAAAGAGUGUUGUUGGCCUUUAGAAAAGGCUUUGUAAUCUAAA